GAAUCCUGACUCAGCGGAUUCUGGUAAGGGCUCUCUACCAUGGACUUUGAGUUUAGUCAACAACAAAGACGACACCGUAGGUCAUCAGGCAUAGAACAGCAUGACUUCCGCAAACACUGCAAGGUGGUAUAUCGCCAGUGUAUAUAUACAUGACCUCGCUCAGAUCUCUGUUCUGAUUCUCUCACUUGGACAUCAGGUCGAUCAACAGGAGAGACCCAAUUUGAUCGGCUAGAAAAUCAAACUUAUCCAUCAUCAUGUCCAACGACCCUCUAGCAGAAAUGCUGAGGCGCAACGCCACCCUCGCUGAAACAUAUCAACCACCACCACCCCUACCAGCAAUGGCAGCCGCGAGCAGGGCUUCCGGGACAGGCGUCGUGGUGUUGUCAUGCUCCGACCCGCGUCUCAACCCUUAUCAGAUCUUAGGCCUCGAUCAUACUCUCAAAGCGACCAUGGUACGCAACGCUGGCGGCAGAGCCUUCGACGCUAUCCGCACACUAGCGACUCUUCAAACGAUAGGCGCACCAGGUACUAUUGUGGUGAUGCAUCAUACCGACUGCGGCCUAACCCAUUAUCACGACCGCGACAUAAAAGACGCAUUAUUUCAGUUCGCCCCUAGCGACGCGCACGACCUCAUCGAGACUACCAAGUUCGGGGAAAUCACAGAUCUCGAAAAGAGUAUCAAGGAAGAUGUCGCCAUACUCAAGGCUUCACCUUUGAUAAAGAACAGCACCAGGAUCAUCGGUUUGUUGUACGACAUCACUACGGGUUUAUUGAGCGAAGCUAAAUAGACGGUAUCAACUUCUUCUGCACGGCGUGGGCUCUUCCUCUGGGACCAACGUGGUAUUAUUUUGCGGAUGUAUGUAAUGUCCAGACGCGCACAAGAAUAUCAUGUGCAGAUGUAUUUCCUGUCCGCGA